UUUGGAAUUAUCUUUCAGUGUUUUCAUGGUCUCGUCCGGCCUCACAAUUCUCCCAUUUGGUUUAGAAAAAUUACCUAUGCAGUGUGAAGGAGAGAUUCUUGUGUCGCAAUGGCCUUAUAGGGAGAUUGAGAUUCAUUCAAAAUCUCUGUGUCCGUCUAUGUCCGGACUUCGCACAAUGAGAGAUCCGGAUUACUCAAUUUCAAUUUUACGGGCUCUUUAGUCCAUCUCACUAGUCCACUUCACAAAAACCCAAAAACUUGAACAACCCGAAUCUUUUUAUCUCUUGAACAUUUAAGAUUUCUCGAAACUCCAGACACAAGAUCUAGAGUGAAUCCCAUUUCCUUAUAGGGCACCACUACCACACCAAUCCCAUUUCCUUUAGGGCACCACUACCACACAUGAGGGGAGUGGGACCGGAGGGAGGGUAGGAUCAAAAUACACGUAUUGAGUUAGAAUAUGUCUCACCCGACCUCACCUUCGUCUCGCCUUAGUCGUUUUCAUGAAAGAUUCUUCUAUUCUAUAUAGGACAUAAAAUGUGAGACUAGAGACUAGAGAGGAUGGAGGGGACCAAAUCACUAGAGCUUGAGUAUUUUGUAUGAUCCACACCCGAGAUUUUCAUGCCCGUCCGCACUCAAAAAUUUCUCCUAUUCGAUAUGGUUUUGAUUAUUAUGUUUGUGGCUUUGCAUUAUGAAUCGAGUCUUGUGACCUUUUUUGUCUUAGCUAACUUUUAAUUCAAACCAAAAUCUACAAAUAAGGUAAUAAGAUCCAGAAAAAUUUGGGAUAGGUGAUUCGUAUCUGUAAGAACAGUAAAAGCUCUAAGUUCUACGUGUAUUAGGGUUGCACGUGCUAGAAUUCAAUACGUAUUCCUGUUUUGAUUACUUUAUCUUCCCUAAAUAAGAAUACGUAUUGAAUUCUAGCACGUGCAACCCUAAUACAUGUGAACUCAGAGCUUUUACUGUUCUUACAGAUACGAAUCACUUAUCCCAAAUUUUUCCCCAAUUUUUCCCCAUAUAUAUAUAUAUAUGCGCGCGCGCGCGUAUAGGUUCACAAAAACAAAGGUUUAUCCCACAAGUCGAGAGCUCAAAUCUCAAACUGUGACAGAAAACAUCAACUGCAUCAUUGUCCAUGUCUUCCUCCAUGGCAUCCUCAGCUUCCCAAUCUGCUGAUGAAAACGAGGGGUUUGAUCUGUUGAAGUGUUCGACCGUCCAAGAGGGCAUGAAAGAUGCGGAGAUCAGGUUACCGUUAGGGUAUCGAUUUGAUCCCACCGGAGAUGAGAUUCUUGUGUACUAUCUGUUUAACAAGAUUAUGGACCGCGCGAUGCCUACCUACGAUCUUAUAAAAGAGGUUGAUGUGUACGAGUGUGAUCCGAAUCAGCUGCCGAAUGGUGACUUCAGACAUACUGCCGAUUUCAAUGCUGCCUAUUACUUCGCCAAUAGAGAACCCUUCGACGCUCGUGAAGCCAAGAUAAUUAAGACGGCUACAGAUGGUGGUUACUGGAAGGUGAUCGACGACGAAGAGGAGGUUUUGUUCAAGGACAGCGAUGUAAUCGUAGGGUUUGAAACCGUCAUGAAGUUCUACAAGGGGCAGGCGCCGAACGGAACCAAAACCCCCUUUGUCAUGAACGAAUACAGGCUCAAUCCUCGUGUAGUACCUGCUCAUGUGCUGAAUGAAAGCAUUAAGACUAAGAUUGAGAGGUACGUGGUAUGCCGAAUUAUAAACAAGGAGGUUUCGAAUCAACCAGCAAUCGAUUACGGACAGGGAUUGCUCGAACUACUGCAAAAAUCGUCUGCCGGCACCGUUGAAGAUGGAGUACCAAAGUGAUGGGGCAGAAGCAGUCUAGUGCUUCAUUGAAAUAGCAAAUGCAGCUCCUUCGUUUUGAUGUUUUUCUUCUAGUGUUAUAUAGAUAUAGCAGAACAUUAAGUAUCCAAUAUUUUUGGCCUAGUAUUUGAUUUGGCACAAGCGAUUUUUACCUAGGAAAUGGUAGGAGAGUAAUUCAAUUGAUAUGGGAUUUGUUUUUUGGCGAAUUAGCUGUCGAGAAGAUUUUUGGUGUCACAACUCACGUGGUAUCCGCAC